AUGGUUGUCGUUUUAGGGCUUUUUAGUGGGGGUGUAUUCGACACCAAGUACAUAGCCACCCACCUCACUCCCUGCAACACCUUCGGCAGGACCUCGCUGCAUGCACUGAGAAACCACCUGCUGGCUAUCCCGGGGCUGAGCUGCUGCUUUGUGGUUGCGGACAGCCGCAAGAGUGCCUUCGACUUCUCCUUCAAGGAGCUGAACGUCCCCCACGAGCUGCCUGACACGCGGAGCCACGAGGCGGGCUUCGAUGCUCUGGCGACAGCACAGGCAGCUCGGGUGUACAGGCAGCUCAGCGAGUCGUUGAGGCCUUCUUUGUAUGUCUCGCGAGUUGCGGUCAGCAGCAGCAGCAGCAGCAGCAGCAGCAGCAACAGCAGCAGCAGCAGCAGCAGCAAGGAUAGCAGCAACGAUGCUGCGGAGACACCGACAGCAAAAAGAAGCAAAAAGGAAAGGCCUCGCAGUGUAUCUCCAGGAGGAGUUGCUGCUGCUGCUGCAGCUGUUCCUGCUGCUGCUGCUGCUGCUGCUGCAGCAGCAGCAGCAGCAGAGGGAAAAGAACCGGCGACAAAACGCCCAACUAACCGCAAACGCGGCUGA